AUGAUGGACGAGACCAAUAUACAGGCGUUGCCUCGCCUCGACGAGAAGAAACAAGAAGAAACCAGUAUCGACGGCGAGUUCGAGCACGUUGAGAACCGGUCCAACACCUCUGCCUCUCCCGUUGAUGACGAGGGCGACAACGGGCUUCUUGGCGAGAGGCGCGCCGCAGCAGAGCGCCGACUGGUCCGCAAGCUCGAUGCGCGCCUACUUCCGACUAUUGUCCUUGUCUUCAUUCUCAACUAUAUCGAUCGUACGGCAGUGACGUCUGCAAGGCUGAAGGGACUGGAACAGGAUCUUGGGCUCAGUGAUAUCCAGUACAAUACCAUACUGGCUAUUCUCUACGCUUCAUACUGCCCCGCGCAGAUUCCAUCUAACAUGAUCUUGAACAGAAUAACCAGACCCUCGCUAUACAUAGGAUGCUGUGUGGUCAUCUGGGGUCUAACAAGUACACUCACUGGUGUCACGCACAACUUCGUAGGAAUACUGCUCUGCCGGACUUUCAUUGGCCUUCCCGAAGCUGCCUUCUAUCCUGGCGCUAUCUAUCUGCUCUCGCGCUGGUACACCCGACGCGAGCUGGCCUUUCGAAGCGCAAUCUUAUACGGAGGACUUCUCAUCUCCAAUGCGUUUGGCAGUUUGAUGGCCGCGGGCAUCUUGAGCAACAUGGAGGGAACCCUCGGCAUUCGAGCUUGGAGGUGGCUCUUCUAUAUUGAGGGAGCCAUCACCAUGUUUGUGGGCUUCCUAACCAUUUACCUUCUUCCAGACUACCCGCACAACACCCGCUGGCUAUCACCAGCUGAGCGCCGGCUAGCCCAGGUUCGCCUGGCCGAAGAUGCAGGAGAGGCGGACGAGGAUACCAGCACCGAUACAGCAUGGAGUGGGCUCGUGCUUGCUGUGAAAGACCCAAAGGUUCUCAUCAUGGCCGUCAUGACAUGCGCGCAGCUCCUGGGGCUGAGCUUCGUCCAGUUCUUCCCGACACUGUCGGCUACGCUGGGCUUCAACACAACCAUAUCCCUUCUUCUUGCCGCGCCGCCUUGGAUCCUAUCCACAAUCGUCACCAUGAUCAGCGCGUAUCACGCAGAUCGCACGGGAGAACGUUACUUCCACCUCGCCGUGCCGUGGUGGGGCGUCAUUGUCGGGUACAUCAUUGGCCUAAGCACGAUGGCUACCGGCGGACGCUAUGUGUCUCUGUUUCUCAUGGCUUGCGGGUAUGCCGGUUUCGCGCUCACUGCUGUGUGGGUUAGCAAUGCGGUCCCACGACCGCCUGCCAAACGCGCGGCUGCCAUCGGCAUCGUCAAUGGAUUCGGGAACAUCGGAAACCUCAUAGGCUCCUUCACCUGGAAAGCCGAGUGGGGGCCGGAUUACCAUCCAUCUAUGUGGAUCAGCUUAGGUGCCCUGAUCUUAACCUCCGUACUAGGUCUAGUCGUCCGCUACAUGCUUAUAGCUGAGAAUCGUCAGCUCGAACGAGAGGAACUAGCAGAUCCUGCUACCCGUGAGCGUAUCGAAGAUGCCGCUCGCCUGGAAGGGAUCACCGUACAAGAAGCUCUGGCGAGGAAGAGAGGGUUCAGAUACCUAUACUGA